UUUCUAAAUAUUAGAUUAUUCAUCCAAUCAAAGCUACUCCUCUCAACUAAAUUCUCUGUGCCUUCCUCCACAUAUAACAGAACUCAUAUCCACAUCUAUAAGUGAUGUGGUUGCAUCCAGCCUCCUUCUGGACCCAGAACUUGCACUUACUUCAUUUCUGGAAGCUACUCUCUUUGGCAAGCUUGUAGAAUAUCUGGUCAUUAAGACUUGCCUUUUUGAUAGGGGAGAACUCUUUACAAGUCCAUCCUUCAUGCCAAGGUACUUUGCACCUCAAGCAAUAAGUCUUUGCACAAGAAGGACAUGAAUACUUACAAGAACUAGACUUUGGGCUCCAUUUGAAUACAUAUUAGCAAUCUGGGCUCGGACAGUAAAGGAACAUGCGAGGAUUCAGCUCUAAAAAAUUAUCAAGCUGGAAUCUUAAAUAUUUUUGAUAGAUAUCUUUCUCACAAAUCCUUUCGAUGUUAGAAUCAGGGAUGUGCUCGCUUCAGUCUAAAAUCGGGCACCUGAUGGAGAAGUCCUUCCUAUCAACCUGAGUCUUGAUGUACAUCUGGAGACACUCUUUGUGGCAAGUGUGAAGACAUUCGAUGAAUGAAAAGUCUUCUAUCUCAACUUUGGUAUAAAAAAUCGAGAGCAAAGUUAUUCCCCUAAAUUGGACAAUCUCUGAAAUCAGAGUUAUCAAAUUUCUUUGGCUUAGGCUUCUUGGCUAUCGAGCUCCAAUUAAGCUUUGAGAACUAUUGAGCUCAAUAGCUUGGGCGGUGCUAGAACUUGAGAUAGUCAUGACUUCUCUCAGAUUCCGACUGCUAGGGUCAUCUUUAGUCUCUCUUUGACCAUGCUUCUUGUGAGUAGGGGCCUUCUUAAAGGAUCCUGACAGGAUUAUACUGUCCUAUUUGAGCUUGCCUUGGAAAGAAGAUUCAGGUAAAAAUCCAUUAGAGCCGUCCUUUGAGAGAGACUUAGACUUCAGUCCAAGUCUCUGUGGCUUAACUCUACUAGCAGUACUCUUCUUGGCAGUAGAGGAGUGUCUGUCUAGUCUUUUCUCUGAUGAGUAGAUUGGCUUAUAAGUGCCAUGCUUAUAUUUCUGGUUAAUUCAGGUAUAUAUCGACCCAUAAGAACUGUUGGUUUGGUGGGAGUCACAGAAUUAGGUUCAAGCUGCUUCUUCCUUUCUUGGAAGCAAGAGAGGCUUAGAACUUCUCUAAAGCUUUUCUGAGUAAAAAGGUGCUGAAAGAUUUGUAGAUUUUGAGUUGGCGAAGUCCCUAGGUCGGCGAUUUUCUUUUGUAUUUUGUCUAUCAUUUCUAUGAAUUCAUGCUUCUUAAAUUGCCCCUGAAAUCUAGCGUAGUUAAUUCCCAUGAGGAACAUCAGUGUCUGGCCAUAGCCUGAAUAUCAGGAAAUAAUUGUGCUGAGAAAGUCAGUUUGACUAGACAACUCUGGUUU